AUGUCAAAUUAUUAUCAUCCGGGGUUGAGAAACCAUGAGAACUUCUCUUAUGUAAAUAGCAAGAAUGUCCUGCAACCACCUCCUGGUUUUAGUGCUCAGCCACAAGCAGAGAAGAAGUCAUCUUUGGAGGACAUAUUGGGUACUUUUAUGAUGGAGACUAGCAAGAGAUUUAAUAAGAAUGAAGCAAGGUUGGAUAAUAUUGAAACUCAUAUGUCUAACGUGGGGGCUACAAUGAAGACCAUAGAGGUCCAAGUGGAACAAUUGGCAACUACUAUUGCUUCUCAGCAGAAAGGGAAUUUUCCUGGUGACACAAUAUUGAACCCCGAGGAGAAAGGCAAAGCCAUUUAUAUGAGAAGUGGUAAGGGGAUUGAAGGGGGUGUGACUGAGGAAAAAAGAUUCUUCCAAGGGGUGGAUAAUAAGAUAAAAAGUGAGCUAGUAGUACGAGAAAUUGAAAAAGAGGAGACAGUAGAAAAGAACAGUAUUAAUGAGAAACCAACAACGAAGAAAGAUAACCUUCCUAUGAACCAACCUCCAUUACCAUAUCAUCAAGGAUUCCUAAAGAAGAAACAUGAUGAACAAUUUUCCAAGUUUUUAGAGAUAUUCAAGAAGAUUAACAUCAACACUCCAUUUUUUGACGCUCUUGAGAAAAUUCCCAAUUAUGUCAAGUUUAUGAAGGAGGUGUUUUCAAAGAAACGAAAGUUUGAGGAUUAUGAGACUGUGAAGCAUACAGAGGAAUUUUUUAAGAAGUUGGGUCUUUGGGAGGUAAAGCCUAUCACCAUUACUUUGCAACUUGUUGAUUGUUCUUUAACAUAUCCACAUGGAGUAAUAGAAAAUGUCUUAGUUAAAGUGGAUAAGUUUGUAUUUCCUGCUAAUUUUGGUGGUGUUGGAUAUGGAGGAGGACCAUGA